AUGGGUUUGCGAUUUGUCGUUUCUUUGGCGAUCGGCGUUAUCACUUACCGAUACUGCCUCGCGAUGAGCGACGAAGAGCUGACGGAGUUAUUGCGGAGGCUGCCGAACAUAACGGACGUCGAAAAGGAGAUCGAUCGGGCUGAUUUGGUUAACCUCAGAUUCGUUUUGAUAUUCCCAGGCACGAAAUGGUGUGGCGCCGGGAACAUUGCUGAUGGCUACGACGACCUGGGGCCAGACAGCGAGACAGACAAGUGCUGCAGGCAGCACGACUAUUGUCCCGACAUCAUCCCCGCUGGCGAGACCAAAUACAACCUGACCAACGAGUCCUUCUUCACGCGAUUACACUGUUCAUGCGAUAACACCUUCCGGGAUUGUUUGCGAAAUGUCAAUAAUCCGACUUCACUAAAAAUAGGUGUAACCUACUUCAACGCCUUAGGAAGCAAAUGUUACAGGAGAGACUAUCCUAUCGCUGACUGCGCGAAACGUGGCGGGUGGUUUGGGAGCAAAUGCGUGGAAUACAUUUACGACACCAACGGCGAAAUGAGCUAUCAGUGGUUCGACGUGCCAAAUUAC